UCACGCUCUAUUGAGAAGGUGGAUUGAUUUUUUACAGUCGCCAAUAAAUGGCGAACAUUUUACAAAAAUUCAUUUAACUACUUCAGUUAACUCGAGGCAGAAUGAAAUUUUUAUUCCUGUUUCUUGUGUUAUUAUGUGUUUCUUAUGUUGCGGGCCAAUUAAAUGUUCAUGCUAAAUAUUACUCAUCGUCAGUAUCGGACAUGAUAAGUUUGCAAGAUUUAAAACAUUCGUUAAUAUCUGAGUUGGAACUAUAUGCCACUGAAUUGAAAGGCAAAUUGCAAUCUGUGAAGAAAGGCAUUAGUCAUUUGGAGACUCAGAUAAGGCGUUUAGAGGACAAUAUUCUAGGCCAGGAAUAUAACCAGAUCAAUUAUUUCUCAAGUUUGCGACGUCUGCACUCGGACUGGCCCAAGUGGCUUCAAUUUAUGAGGCAAAAUGUGGCAAAAGAGACACAAGAUCGUGUUCAAGAGAUGCGACAUAAGUUACCCAUUGAAGAUGAUUAUUACGGGGCAUUAAACAGCAUAUAUGUUUUAUUGGAUGUUUAUCUGAUUACCCCACAAGACUUUGCUAAAGGAUUACUCAACGGGAAACAAUAUAAUUCUAGCCUUGAUGCCUUGGAUUGUUAUGCAGUAGCUCAGUUUGCUUUGAGGAAUGAAUAUUACAAGGAGGCAUUAGAAUGGUUUUAUCUUAGCUGGAACUAUCAGCAAAAUUUGAAAGAAUCACAACAUAAAUACUUUCUUCUGAUGGGCCUUGAUCCUGUUCGAUUCUCCAAGCUUUAUUCCAGGAACCUUCUAAAAGAAAAUAAGAAAGUGGAAGCUUGGAAGGUCCUUAAGGAGGCCCUUCUAUUACCGCACCAUGAUAUCAUUCUAUUCCGCAAAUUGCGGGAAAUCGAAAGGAACUUUUACGUGCACUCCAAACCAGAAACAUCAGUUACAAGAGAAUACUGGACUGAUCAUCGGGAGUGCUGCCGUGGAGAAUAUAAACCACCCAAAGGAUUGAGCUGUUAUUAUGAAUAUGGAGCAGAUCCAUUUCUGCGUAUUGCUCCGUUUAAGGUGGAGCUAUUGAAUCGCAGUCCUUAUGUGGCAGCCUACUACGAUGUUCUCAAUGAUAGCGAAAUUGAGGAACUAAAACUCAUGUCAUCGCCCCAAAUAAGACGUAGUCUUCUGUAUAAUCAUACCCUUGACAUAGAUCAAGCGGAUGUUGAUCGCACAUCCAAUAGCGUUUUUAUGGAGGAAACUGGGAUCACUUUGUUGGAGACAAUAUCACAGCGUGCGGCCGAUAUGACAGAUCUCUAUGUCACGGCAAUUAGUUCAGAAGAUUUGCAAGUUAUAAAUUAUGGUUUGGGCGGUCAGUAUACACCGCAUUGUGACUAUUUUGACGAGAAUGCAGAAAAUGGUGAUCGGUUAGCCACGGUUUUAUUUUACUUAACAGAUGUGCAACAAGGAGGAGCCACCGUAUUCCCAUUUCUACGUCUUUCAUAUUUUCCCAAGAAGGGUUCCGCACUGAUCUUUCGUAAUUUGGAUAAUGCUAUGUCUGGGGACAAAGAUUCCACCCAUUCUGCUUGUCCAGUUCUCUUUGGCAAUAAAUGGGUGGCAACCAAAUGGAUAUACCAUUUUGAUCAAAUGACUCGUUGGCCAUGUUUGUCAAUCAAAAAGUAAUCAAUAGACUCCAGUCGGUCUGUAUCGUACGAUUUUCUUUGAUUUUUGGAACCAUAAUCAGAAUGUGUUACCCAAACUAAUUGAUCUUAAUUGAGACUGCUGCUAUCUGGAAAUCGUACGAUAGUUUUAAUUGGCUUUGACAAAUCUCAAUUGAUUACUGUAUAUGUAGGUAUAUAUACAUGUACAUAGAAUUUGACCCUUACCCAAGAUGGCUAAGAAUUUGAGGUAGAUAAAUUUAAUAUUUUUAAUAAAUAGAAAAGAAAAAUGCCCAAUGCCGGCUGUUCAAAUAUGCCAAAGAUA